AUGGGCGCCGACGACUACUCUCCUCCCUCCACCGACCUCAUCACCCUCACUCGCCAUGUUUUGAACGAAGGCUUCACACGCAGGGAACAGAGUGCUGCUAGCGGUGACCUCACCAUCCUGCUCAGCUCGCUCCAGACCACUUGCAAGUUCAUCGAGAGCAAUGUCCGAAAGGCCAGUCUGAUCAACCUCAUCGGCGCUGCAGGUGCCACCAACGUCCAGGGCGAGGACCAGAAGAAGCUCGAUGUCCUCUCCAACGAGAUCAUGAUCAACGCAUUGCGAGCCUCGGGCAAGACCGCUGUCCUCGUAUCCGAAGAAGAUGACGACGCCAUCUUUGUCGGCGAGAAGCACGACGGUCCCACCUUCGAGUCCACAAAGGGCAAGUACUGCGUCGUCUUUGACCCGUUGGACGGCUCCAGUAACAUCGACGCCGGUGUCAACAUCGGCACCAUCUUUGGUAUCUACCUUGUCAAGGAUGGAUCCAAGGGUACCCUCGAUGACGUACUCCGACCCGGUCGCGAGAUGGUCGCUGCCGGCUACUGCAUGUACGGCUCCUCCGCCAACCUCGUCCUCACCACCGGCAACGGCGUCAACGGCUACACACUCGACAACCAGAUCGGCGAGUUCAUCCUCACCCACCCCAACAUCACGAUCCCCAGCCGCGGCAAGAUCUACUCGAUCAACGAGGGCAACAGCAUGUACUACUACGAGCCCGUUCUCAAGUACCUCGAGAGCAUCAAGUACCCCAAGGCCGAGGGUGCCAAGCCCUACUCGGCUCGUUACAUCGGUUCCAUGGUCGCCGACGUCCAUCGUACCCUGCUGUACGGCGGCAUUUUCAUCUACGCAAGCGACAAAAAGAGCAAGGACGGCAAGCUUCGCAUGCUUUAUGAAGCCUUCCCUAUGGCAUUCAUUACCGAACAGGCUGGCGGUCUCGCCACGACAGGUACAGAGCGCAUUCUUGACAUCCAGCCAACAAGUAUUCACCAACGAUGUCCCGUAUUCCUCGGUUCCAAGGACGACGUCGAGGACCUGCAGAAGUUUUUCAAGUGA